UUUUUCAGAACUCCACCUCUACUCUUCCUUGGCUUACUCUUCAGAGAGAGUCCUUUCUAAUUUCUAUUCUCCUUCUUCUCUUCUGUUUUUUCUCUGGCCUACUCUCUUCUGUUAUCUCUCUGAUGCGCGUCAGUGAAAAUGAAUCUCUCUCAAAGAAAAAUGCUAGGAUUGUUCUUCUUAAUCUGUUCAAUACCGGCAAUGUGUAUAUCAUUAGUGAGCAGUGAGAGGUCUGAUUCGCGGUUACUUUUGACAUCCAAUGAUUCAUCAAAGGAAAUACACAAAGAAGAAUAUUGUGCAAUGUAUGAUAUCUGUGGAGAGCGUAACGGAAAAGUUUUGAACUGUCCUACUGGGAGACCAGCUGUGAAGCCAGAUGAGCUGCUCUCUAGCAAGAUUCAAAGCUUGUGUCCAACAUUGAGUGGCAAUGUGUGUUGCACUGAGCGUCAGUUUGAUACUCUACGAUCACAAGUUCAGCAAGCAAUUCCUUUUGUUGUAAGCUGCCCAGCAUGUCUAAGGAACUUCUUAAAUUUAUUUUGUGAGCUUUCAUGUUCCCCUAAUCAGAGCCAAUUCAUCAAUGUGACAUCUACUGCUAUGGUUAGUAGCAAUUUGACUGUAGAUGGAAUUGACUAUUAUGUAACUGAUGCUUUCGGGGAAGAGCUAUUUAACUCCUGCAAGGAAGUGAAGUUUGGGUCGAUGAAUACGCGAGCAAUAUCAUUUAUUGGUGGGAAUGCUCAAAAUUUUAAGGAUUGGUUUAGAUUUAUUGGAAGGAAAGCAGAAGGUACAGAGCCUGGUUCACCUUAUGCCAUAAAUUAUGGAUCAACUGCUCCCGAGGCUUCAGGAAUGAAGCCCAUGAAUGUAACUACUUAUUCAUGCGGUGACACUUCGCUUGGAUGUUCUUGUGGUGAUUGCCCUGCUUCUCCCUCAUGCUCUAGUUCAGCACCCCCUAGUCCACACAAGAAGCGUUCUUGCUCAAUAAGACUUGGAUCCCUAAAGGUUCAGUGCCUUGAUUUUUCCUUGGCGAUUCUUUAUAUUGUUUUAGUGUCAACAUUUUUCGGAUGGGGAUUGUUUCAUAAGAAGGAAACAAAGAGUGCUGCAUCUAGAUUGAAGCCAUUGUUGAAUGUUAUGGACGAAGGAGUAAAUAAUUCUAUUAACAAGCAGAAAAAUGUUGUUCAUCCUGUACAGAUGCCUGAAGAACAUCCUCCGGUGAACAAGGCGGUUCAGCUUUCUGUUAUCCAAGGUUACAUGUGCACUUUUUACAGGAGAUAUGGAAGAUGGGUUGCUACAAACCCAACUCUAGUGCUGUGCUCUUCUUUGGGUGUUGUUCUUCUUCUUUGCUUAGGUCUUCUCCGUUUUAAGGUGGAGACACGCCCUGAAAAGCUAUGGGUUGGGCCUGGAAGUAGGGCUGCAGAGGAGAAACAAUUUUUUGACACCCACUUGGCCCCCUUCUACAGAAUUGAACAGGAAAAACGUGGCUCCAUGGUCUGUAAUUGUCAGUUCGAUGCUUCAUUUUCACUCUAUCAAGAUUUCAGAAGGAGAAAACUGCGUGAUCAUCUAUCUAUAUUUUUUUCACAGCUUAUAUUAGCAACUGUUCCAGUUUCUAAGAACGGGAAGGCACCUAGUAUUGUGACAGAAGAAAAUUUUCAAUUACUGUUUGAAGUACAGAAGAAGGUUGAUGACAUCCGUGCAAACUAUUCUGGAUCCAUGGUAUCUUUAACUGACAUUUGCAUGAAGCCAAUUGGUGCAGAUUGUGCAACCCAAAGUGUCCUGCAGUAUUAUCAGAUGGACAGUGACAAAUUUGAUGACUAUGGAGGGCUUGACCAUGCUAAGUAUUGCUUUCAGCAAUUUAGCUCUGUGCAGAAUUGCCUGAGUGCAUUUCAGGGGCCCCUUGAUCCUAGCACAGCAUUAGGAGGGUUUUCGGGGAAAAAAUAUACAGAGGCUUCAGCAUUUGUGACAACAUAUCCGGUGGUAAACAAGGUUGAUCAAGCAGGUGGUGGUAAUGGGAAAGCAGUGGCUUGGGAAAAGGCUUUUAUUCGCUUAGUGAAGGAAGAGUUACUACCAAUGGUCCAGGCUAAAAAUCUUACACUUUCCUUUUCAUCAGAAAGUUCUAUUGAAGAAGAGCUGAAAAGAGAAAGUACUGCGGAUGUCAUAACCAUUUUGAUUAGCUACAUUGUGAUGUUCGCUUACAUAUCAAUGACUUUGGGAGAUACACCUCGUCUAUCUUCUUUUUUCAUUGCUUCAAAGGUAUUGCUUGGUCUAUCAGGAGUGGUGGUGGUCAUGCUUUCGGUUCUUGGAUCUAUUGGAUUUUUCAGUGCCAUUGGAGUAAAGUCUACGCUAAUCAUUAUGGAAGUUAUCCCUUUCCUCGUUUUAGCAGUAGGAGUGGAUAAUAUGUGUAUUCUGGUACAUGCUGUGAAAAGGCAGCCACUAGAUAUGCCUUUAGAAGAACGAAUAAGUAAUGCACUUGUUGAAGUUGGACCAUCUAUAACACUGGCUAGUAUCUCUGAAGUUCUGGCAUUUGCAGUCGGAAGUUUCAUAUCUAUGCCGGCUUGUCGUGUUUUCUCCAUGUUUGCAGCAUUGGCCGUUCUGUUGGAUUUCCUUCUGCAAGUUACUGCAUUUGUUGCCUUGAUAGUUUUUGACUUUCGGCGCGCUGAAGCUAAAAGGGUUGACUGUUUCCCUUGCAUCAAAGUUUAUUCUUCGGAUGAUGACUCUAAUCAAGGCACUGGUCCAAGACAACCUGGAUUGCUGACUCGCUACAUGAAGGAAAUUCAUGCACCGAUUCUUAGCCUUUGGGGAGUUAAAAUUGCUGUAGUUGCUGUCUUCGUUGGAUUUGCUCUUGCAAGCAUAGCACUAUGCACAAGAAUUGAACGUGGUUUGGACCAAAAGGUUGUUCUUCCUAGGGACUCAUAUCUUCAGGGAUAUUUCGAUAAUGUUACUGAGUAUCUUAGAGUAGGCCCUCCAUUAUAUUUUGUCGUGAAGAACUACAACUAUAGCUCAAAAUCUGACCAGACAAACCAGCUAUGCUCAAUCAGUCAAUGUAAUUCCAACUCUCUGCUUAAUGAGAUAUCAAGAGCAUCAAUAGUACCAGAAUCAAGCUUCAUAGCUAAGCCGGCAGCUUCAUGGCUUGAUGAUUUUUUAAUAUGGAUGUCUCCAGAAGCUUUUGGUUGCUGUCGUAAGUUCACAAAUGGGACUUACUGUCCCCCGGAUGAUCAGCGACCCUGCUGUGACGACCCUGAUGGUUUUUGUGGGCUGAGUGCCGUAUGCAAAGAUUGUACCACGUGCUUCCGUCACUUAGAUUUGCAUAAUGAUCGCCCAACGACAGCACAGUUUAAGGAGAAACUCCCAUGGUUCCUCAGCUCGCUACCCUCUGCUGAUUGUUCUAAGGGGGGCCAUGGGGCUUACACUAACAGCGUUUAUCUUAAUGGUUAUGAAAGUGGUGUUAUUCAAGCGUCGGAGUUCCGCACAUAUCACACACCACUUAAUAAACAAAGUGACUUUGUAAAUUCACUGCGAGCUGCACGAGAGUUCAGUUCAAGAGUUUCUAAAUCACUGAAUAUCGAAAUGUUUCCAUAUGCUAUGUUUUAUAUUUUCUUUGAACAAUACCUUGACAUCUGGAGAACAGCUUUGAUCAACAUUGCUAUUGCUCUAGCUGCUGUGUUCGUUGUGUGCCUGAUUAUCACUGGAAGUGUAUGGGGUUCAGCCAUCAUUUUACUCGUCUUGGCAAUGAUUGUCGUCGAUCUCAUGGGUGUUAUGGCGAUUCUGAACAUCCAACUCAAUGCAAUCUCGGUAGUAAACCUUGUAAUGGCAAUAGGGAUUGCUGUUGAGUUCUGCGUGCACAUAACACAUGCUUUCUCGGUAAGCAAUGGGGAUAGAGCGCAACGAGCCAAGGAGGCUCUUGGUACUAUGGGAGCUUCUGUCUUCAGUGGAAUCACACUUACGAAGCUUGUUGGAGUGAUAGUCUUAUACUUUUCAAAAUCAGAAGUUUUUGUUGUUUAUUACUUCCAAAUGUACUUAGCGUUGGUUCUUAUUGGGUUUUUGCACGGCCUCGUCUUUCUACCAGUGCUACUCAGCAUAUGUGGUCCACCAUUAAAAUACAAGAUCGAGAAGACUCCAGCAGAAGAGACAUCAACAUCAGCGUAGUAGAUCAGCUGAUGCAACAUACUAGCGGUGGAAAUGUGUAAUUUAUUAUCUCACGCACCCAUGUAUAAUUUUAGAUUGCUAGUACGCUUUAGAUUUUUAUCCUCUUUAUGUGAUCGAAGUGCAUAUUUUAAUCAAAUGUAUUUAGUUUGCAUCUGGUGAAAGUUUCCCAAUUAGCUCCGUUUUCCUCACUGAUUUGACAUGCUUCAAGUUGUAAAGAAUAGUUGUAAAUUUCAAGGGGUCAGAAACUCCCAAUUAUUGAAUCCAGAUUUUAUGUGUA